UGCCCGUGUGUGCAAUGCUACUGGAAGUGUAAUAAUGAACUCAUUUCAGAAGCAACACUGUUUUUAUUGCAAUAUUACUAAUAUUGUACUAAUAUUACUAAUAUAUUAGUGCCAUAAAAAGUUAGUAGGGUAGGGGUCAGGGCGAGCUUUUUAGGAUGCAUGAACCGUGUGGUCCUUUCGCUUGCACGCUUUGUAGUUUCGGUAUUGCAUCGCUCUGUUAGAUCGGUAGAUCCUCGUAGUGUUGACGAAGCCUUGAUAAGGUUCUCGAAACGGAUCGAUGUGAGUGGGGUUGAAAUCCCCUGUGGUUUUAAAUACGCUGUACUGUACGUCAUUGAAAUCAAUUCGACGUCGGAUUGAUUUCGUGUCAGUACCAAAAUUAGAGUUGAUAUUACUCAAAAAUGACGUAUUUUAAACCCUCAAGGUGAUAUCGAUUCUACGGGCAUCGAUUAGUUCCCAGAUUCUUUCUAUGACUGGCCAGGAGUUGUGGUUCACGUGCACUGCUUCGUUUUCAGGUCCACAGGAAAGUCCGCAGCCAAUCAUCCAGCAUGCCGAGUCGUCCGUGUGUGUGCUGUGCAUCGUUAGAGGUCCCGGCCACGUCCAGGAUGGAGUUCCGUGUUUGCUGGUCAGCAGCUCACUGAUUUCUGGAUGUGUCGCGGAAGGAGUGACAUCAGGAACGCCAAGAGAGACUCGCCGCGCUACAAGUCAAGUGCAACACUUUGAGGUGGCUAACGGUUUUCGCAGUGCGGUCACACGGGAUGUGGAUGGUGAAGACGACGCUCCGGACGCCCUUAGCGAAGCUGAUGCUGAGACAGAGGACCAGGUGAGGAGGCCGCCGAGGAGAGCAGCGAAGUCGGUGGCCUGCGUCCGAACGCGUCAGGUGAUGCUGUCCGAGAACGCCCGUCCGCGAGCGCGCAGAGACAGGCGGGAGCGGAGGCCCCCGCGCGCCCGACCCACGUACAAGUGCGAGGGCUGCAUGAAGCGCUUCCGGACGCAGAAGGAGGCCGUUCGCCACCUCGACAUCUUCCACACGGAGGAGACGCCCUACGCGUGCGACAUUUGCCGCAUGGAGUUCACUCUGGCGAUCUACCUCAAGCGCCACAUGAGCAGUCACGGUCCACGCAAGUCGGGGACGCGGCAUCUCAAGUGCGACGUUUGCGGUGUCAAGUUCUCCCACGUGUCUUACCUCACGGUGCACCAGAAGACCAGCGGACACUAGAGUGGAAUUUUUAGGUCAGGUUGUCCCUUAAGUCUCACCUCUUGGUGCAACAGAAGCCCUUACGACUCACCUCUCGGUGCAACAGAAGACCUGCGGUCACUAGAGUGGAAUUUCUUGGUCAAGUUCUCCUAUUUAUCUUACCUCUCGGUGCAACAGAAAAGAAGCGAUCACUAGAGUGGAAUUUCUAGGUCAAGUUCUCUCUUAUACCUCUCGGUGCACUAGAAGACUAGCGACCACUAUAGUGGAAUUUCUAGGUCAAGUUGUCCCGUAUGUCUUACCUCUCGGUACAGCUGAAAACUAGCGGUCCCUAGAGUGGGACUUCAAGGUCAAGUUCUCCCAUUUGUCUUACCUCUCGGUGCAACAGAAGACCAGCGGUCACUAGAGUGGAAUUUCUAGGUCAAGUUCUACCUUAUGUCUUACCUCUCGGUGCAGCAGAAGACUCGCGGCCACACUGCACAUCCAAGUUUGAGACAUUCAUACACUAGAUAACGUGGGAAACGGUGUGUCUCACGCUUACAAGCGUGGAACGCGUCCCACGUGAUCAAGUGCAUGCCUGUACCACACUUGGAUUUGUUGUGCACCGCACUCUGUUUCCGGGAGCGUUACAUCACAUUAAAACGUGCGUGACUGAGUGUCACGCUCCUUUGAACAUUGUGUCACAUUCGUUUGAAUGGGAAUAAGCUAACUUAUGGCUGAUCCACAUCCAAACGAAUGUGACACAAUGCCCGGAGAAGCGUGACAUAAAGACACGCUCGUUUCAACGUGAUGUCACGCUACUUGAAUGAGUAUGUUCGAAGGGGAUUUUCCCGAAUAAACGGAGUGCUCGCAGGGCGUCUGCUUCAUUUGAAGCCUGUCCAUUGUGUGUUUCUUGAUUUGAAGCCUGUCUUCUAUUAUGCAUUUCUUGGUUUGAAACCUGCCGCAUGUCUAAUGGCUAUUUCUUGAUUUGAAGCCUGUCUCAUGUUAAUUGUCAAUUUCUUAAUUUGAAGCCUGUCUCGUGUUUAUUGUCUAUUUCUUGAUUUGAAGCCUGUUCCUUUCGGGGAGGAGGGCCAAUGGGGUGGAGACGUUAGUUGCCCUUUAGCGGGAACGAAACAGCAAUCUAACACAGCAUUCAUGGUUAUGUUCAGUUUUUCCUCGAUUUUGUUUUAAAACCAACACGAUUUUACGAGAAAAACUUUGGUGUGUUACUUUAAUGUUAAUUUGUGUCAGUUUUUUUUCU